AUGUCGACAAGCGGAGCAGCAGCUGUUGCUUCCACAUCGCUGCACUUGCCAGAACCCAAGCCAACAGCAAGUCUUCUCCUUUCCCAUCGACCACCUGCAGGCAAGCUUGUACUAGUGCUCGGGACAGGCAAGCUUGCUGCAUCAAGAUGCUUCGCUUGCCUCGAAGCUGGAAUUAAGCCCGUAGUCAUCAGCGUUGCGCCUAUCGAGUCCUCCAGCUCGACCCAGCCCUGCGCUGAGAUCCAACACCGCAUAGCAUCAGGUCAGGUCAAGUAUCACUCCAUCGACAGCAAUUCAUUCUCCACCAGCCAGUCAGUCGAGCAGGUGUGGAACUGUCUUCUUGACACAUAUGAUGGCGAAACGAAUGAUAUCUUUGCAGUCUGUAUAACCGACACUCUUCACUCCGGGGACGAUCCGCAAACGUCUGCAGUAAAGCAGCUUGCACCUAAUCCAGACGGCUCCAAUGGCGACAACGAGCUUCUCGACAUUCCAGCUCCGCUCACUUGGUAUGAUCGAGCAGAAAUCAUCUCCCGCCUGUGCAGAAAAAGACGCAUGCCGAUCAACGUAGCCGACAAGCCAGCGUUAUGUGACUUUUCCUUCCCCGCAAACUACCGUUUCCCCUGCACAAACCCAAUCACCUCCCUCUCCAAUCACUCUUCCUCUCACACGCCACAACCAUUACUAUCAUCGCUUCAAAUCGCUGUAACAACCAACGGCCGCGGCUGUAGACUAGCAGGCCGCAUUCGUCGAGAAAUCGUCUCCGCACUACCCCACAACGUCGGUGACGCAGUUGAAAAAGUCGGUCUCAUGCGAGACCUAGCCAAACGUCAAGGUGAACAUCACCACGACUCCAUUGCAAAAGCCUCACCCCUCAAGCGACUCAAACCUACUCGAAUGGGAAAGGACGGAACAGCAGAGGUGGAAGAAGAAGAUCUCUCAUUUGACACUACACCGCUCAACAGCCCCGUGCCGCAACUCGUUCCCAAGAAUCCGCUCGAAAGCGUUGGUGCCAAAGCGAAGCUCAGCCAGCUUCAAGCGGAAGUGCAGGCGAAACACGAGCAGCAAUUGCAGGAAGCAGAGCAACGGACGAAGAGGAGAAUGAGAUGGGUUGCCCAGAUCAGCGAGUAUUGGCCGAUCGAAUAUUUGGGUAAUUUGGCGGAGCAACAGAUGAAAGAUGCUUUGAGGGCAUAUGGUGAAGAGCAACAGCAGCCGGUUGCCUCUGCCGCCGCAGCAGACGUGAGCGAUGUAGCGGAUUCAAGAGGUCGCUCCACUGCAAGUCGUGCGAAUCAGAAUCCAUCGACAGCCGUGCCACCCGCUCCAUUAGCAGCAGCCCAGAGAGCAAGAUCCCAGCACUCACUCGACAUCCGUCCGCCACCCCUGUCCGCCUCUUCCCGCGGUCACAUCUACCUCCUCGGUUCAGGCCCUGGUCAUCCAGGUCUCCUCACCACGCUUGCCUACAAACUCCUCACUUCCCCCUCCACUCAUCUCAUUCUCUCCGACAAACUCGUCCCUGCUUCGAUCCUCAAACUCAUCCCUUCAACCACUCCACUCGAGAUCGCCAAAAAGUUCCCUGGCAACGCAGAAGGCGCCCAAUCCGAGCUCAUCGCCAAAGCUCUUCGUGCUGCUCUCGAGGAAGGAAAGACCGUAGUCCGACUCAAGCAGGGCGAUCCCUUCGUAUACGGUCGUGGAGGGGAGGAAGUGCUAGCAUUCCGCAAAGCUGGGAUCGAAUGUACAGUGGUUCCCGGAAUUAGCAGUAGCAUUGCAGCACCAGCAAUGUUGGGUAUUCCAGUGACCCAACGAGGUGCUGCCGACUCCCUAGUACUAUGUACGGGCGUAGGCAAGGGAGGCAAAAAGGUCAAGCUUCCAGGUUACCAUCGAGGCCGAACGCUGAUUGUGCUGAUGGGAGUGGCGAGGUUGAAGGCAGUGGUAGCAACGCUCACGGCUGGUGCUAAACAAUCUAUCUCUGGUGAAGGUGAAGAGGAUAGUAUCGGAGAUAGAGAAGGUCCCGUGUUCCCGCCCUACACGCCGAUUGCUAUUAUUGAACGCGCGAGUUCGUCCGAUCAGCGUAUGGUAGCUAGUACGUUGCAUGGGAUUGUGGAGGCAUUGGAGAACAGCGGCGAGCAAAGACCACCAGGGAUGAUGGUGAUUGGAUGGUCAGUUCUGUCGCUGGAAGGUGCGGGUGAUGUUACGGUGCAGGAUGAUGCGAUUAAUCUGAGAGAUGCCGAAGAGCUGGAGAGGAAGGAUAAGAACAGGGUGCAAAGAUGGUUGAAGGGUCGAAGAUGGGUGGUGAGAGAAGGAUUGGAUGCUGCUUAUAGGAGUGCGUUAAAUGCUUUCCAUACUAUACCACUGCAGCUGCCAGGUGGAUUUGGUGCUGAGCCAGGUGUCCUCACCCAUCAUCCGGACCGAGGGAAGCAGGAGGAGAAAGGAGCAGAGUCCAGAUUCAGUAAGCGCGAUGAAAGUGGUUGGGCACCACCACGCUACUCCACCGGCAUCCCUGAAGGAGGAUGGAUGGCUGGCGAAGCACCCAACCGUCCUGCCACAGACCAAUUCGCAUACGAACAAGAUAAGACCUAUGCCGAGAUUCAGGCUCGUCUCUCUCAGCCUCAAUAA